AUGUCCGCCCUCAAUCCUCUGCUCGGCAGCAGCAUGGACCGCCUAAAAGACAACCACCGCCUGACUUACCUCAAAGUCGAGGAUCCACCGGACAGCGCACCGAACACGCCCCGGCCGCUAUCGCCGAAUGAACAGAACGCGUUCGAACAGGCGUAUGCGCAGUCGCAGAUAGCGCCUGGGUUCUGGGGCGCGGGGUGGUCGUGGGAGAUAGUGAGCUGUGUGAUUGCCAUCGGGGCGCUGGUGGGGAUUAUCGUCGUGCUGUAUAUUUUUGACGGGCAGAGUACGCCGGACUGGCCGUAUGGGAUUACGCUGAACGCGCUGAUCUCCGUGCUUGUGACGGUGAUGAAGGCGGCGAUGGCGUUUCCGAUUACCGAAGCGUUGUCGCAGCUCAAGUGGUCAUGGUUUAACGAAGGGAAUAAGUUGAGUGAUUUGGCGCUGUUGGAUGCGGCCAGUCGGGGGGCUGUGGGGGCUGUUGUUGUGCUGUUUAGGUUUAUUCCGAGGCAUUUGGUUACGAUUGGGUGUUUUAUCAUCGUUGUCGCUUCGGCUAUUGCCCCCUUCGUGCAGCAGGUCAUCGCCAUCGACCAGCGGCCGGUGCACUCGCCUGAGCAUUCGUCAAUCCAGAUCUGCAACUCUAGUGAGUACAAUGACUGGGGCGAGGGUUCCGGACCGGGAAUGAACAAGGUGCCGCUCUCGACGACGGGCGCGAUCUAUACCGGUAUCUUCGAAAGCCAGAGUCCAAACAGCAACAGUAUCACCAUGAAUUGCCCAACAGGAAACUGCACAUUCGCACCGUACCAGUCCCUCGGCUUCUGCAGCAAGUGUGCCAACAUCACAGACUCGCUGGACCUAAACGUCACGAGCUUCAGUACUCUGCAAAACUACAAGUACACGCUGCCGAACAACUGGAACUUCACCACAUCAUAUGGCAUGAUGUACUUGAUGAAUGCGACAUCGGACCGCAAUCUCGUCCAGAUCGAUCCGACAGGCUGGCCAUUGAUCAAUAACUUCACUGCCAUUACAGCCGCGGGAUAUGGUAUACCCCCGAGCGUCAGCGCGACGGAGUGUACACUCUCCUUCUGUGUCAAGACCUACCAAGCAUCAGUGAAAAACGGCAGAUUCAGCGAGAAACUAAUUGGCACGGACACAACCUCAAACUACACUUACGGCUCAGGAACGGAGAACAUCGCCCUAACCCCGAAGACCUGCUACUACAACGGAAGCACAUACCACCAGCCCCACGACAACGAAAACUGCACCUUCAACAUCAGCUGGCUCAGUUUACUAUCCAUGAGCAACUCCCUCCGGCCCUUAUUAAAAGGAAAAGGCUCGUUAUUUGUCAGCAACCGCCCGGAGUGGUCCUCCGAAACCGCCCGCGCAAUCUACGGCCAACAAGGCAACCUCACCGAAAUAACCUCCAAGUUCGACUCCCUCGCCUCCUCACUAACCACGCACGCGCGAUCCAAAGUCUGCACCGCAACCGUCAACGGAACCACCUGGACAGUCGAGUCGUACGUGCACGUGCAGUGGCUGUGGAUGAUCCUACCCAUUGCGCUGGUAGCGUUUACGUUGGUGUUCUUUAUCGCGACGAUUUGGAAUACACGAAACCAGUUUAUUUGGAAGAGUAGUCCGUUGGCACUGCUGUUUUCGAAUGUCGAUGCGCCGACUGCGAUGGAUGUGCAUCCGGAGCUGAGUAAGAUGGAGAAGACGAGCCAGAGGAUUAAGGCCAAAUUGGAGACUACUGCUAAUGGGGUACGGUUGAGGCAUCAUCCUUAG